AUGCAUGUAAGAAGGAACGAGAAUAACCAACGCGGAAGAAAAGAGCAAGUAAACAGGGAAGAGAAACUUAUCUCGUGGAUACCACCACUAGUAAGCUGGACCAAACUGAAUACUGAUGGGGCGUCGCAUGGAAAUCCGGGACUCGCUACGGCUGGUGGAGUCCUACGUAAUGGCGAGGGACUGUGGUGUGGAGGUUUUGCUUUGAAGAUCGGACACUGCUCGGCGCCAAUGGCGGAGUUAUGGGGCGUCUACUAUGGGCUUGUGAUUGCAUGGGAGAAAGGGAUUCCAAGGCUUGAUGUCGAGGUAGAUUCCGCAAUGGUGGUUGGGUUUCUCAAGACAGGGAUCUGUGACACACAUCCUUUGUCUUUCCUGGUACAUCUGUGCCACGACUUUUUAUCUAAGGACUGGGAAGUCCGGAUCGCCCAUGUGUAUAGGGAGGCUAAUCGUCUCGCCGACGGAUUAGCAAACUAUGCAUUUUCUUUACCUUUUGGUUUUCAUUCUUUUGAUUUAGUCCCUCCAAGCUUGUUGGAUGUAUUGUGUGAGGAUGAGUGUGGACAUUUGAUUUCACGGCAAGUCCGUGUGUAA